AUGACAGAACCUAUCAAAGAAAUCGCGGCGGCUAGAAGUGUCGAGGCAGUCUACACCGGUGGAACUGUUAGAUGGAGUGCAAACGGACAGAAGUUGUUUUCAACGUGCACAAAUGUUGUUAGAGUCAUUGAUUUGGAGGAUAAUAGUGCGAGUUAUACAAUCGGCGAUUCUGAAGAUGAGCUUCGAAUCACUUGUACCGCUGUCGACAAGAAUCGUAAUCGUCUUCUAGUCGCUUACAAUAACCAGGUGAUUCGUGAGUACACGAUUCCUUUGGACCCGAGCACCACCAAACCAGAAUUGGCUAGAACUUGGAAAACUAUGCAUACCGCACCGAUUCUAGUGCUGGAAUUCAAUGAAGAAGGCAAUCUUUUGGCUACUGGAAGUGCGGAUCACGUUGUUAAAGUCUGGAAUUUAGUUGAGCAACAGUGUACUCAUACUUUGAAAGGUCCAUCAGUCGUCUCUGCGGUUGUAUUUGGAAAGAAUGAGAAACUUGUGGUUGGAUAUUUAGAGGGACAACUUCACCUCUAUAAUAUUAUGAAAGGAGCUCCAAAAAAGCAUGUGAACACGUGGAAUUCUCAUAAUUCUCAUAUCACCGCACUACUUCAAGUACCAGAUUCCCGUGUAGUCAUCGCGCUAUCCAGAGAUCAAACUAUGAGUAUUCAUGAGACAGAAACACAAGAAACACUUCGAGUCUUGCCGCUUUACGAGUCUAUUGAGAGCGGAGCAAUCGGACAUAAUGGAAAUUUGUUCACUGUUGGAGAGGAAGGAGUCGUUAAGGAAUGGAUUAUUGACACAGCGAAAUUGAUUAGAAAGAAGCGAAUUUCCAGCGCUCAAAUCGAUGACAUCUCCUAUGACGUUGUAUCGAAUCGAUUCUUGGCUGUUUCCGCCGAACAAAAUCUGAUUAUUUUGGAUUUUGAAAAUCUAAAAAUCACUAGACAGAUAGUUGGAUUCCAUGAUGAGAUCUACUCCUGCUGUCUCCUUGACAAAAACGAGGGAUUCAUGGCAGUCGGGUCGAACACGUCGGAAAUCCGUCUCUACAACACGAAAACUCUCGAUUGUCAAUUGAUUCGUGGCCACACUGAAUCUGUCCUCUCCGUUGUCUCCCCGUCGUGGGACACCACUCUUCUCGCCUCUUGCUCCAAAGACAACUCGAUUAUCAUCUGGAGACUUGUGACGACGUCUGAAGAUUCUGCCACGUUGAUUCCACUUCUGGCAGCUACUGGACAUGCUAAUACAGUCACCGCGUUGGCUAUUUCGAAUAGUGCAAAAGCGCCGUUUUUAGCCUCUGUCUCUUCGGACUGCACCAUUAAAUUGUGGGGAUUAGGAGAUUUGGGAAAGGUGAAAGAUGUCAAAAUUGAUGUGGAGAGAGAUCUUGUAGAGCAGCUCCCUAAACUGACAUGUAGCUCAACGAUGGUUGCCCAUGGAAAAGAUGUAAAUUGCAUUGACAUCUCCGAAUCAGACGCUCUAAUUGCCACCGGUGGAAUGGAUAAACUUGUGAAACUCUGGCAAAUCGACACACACAAAAUGCAGCUGGGAAUCGGCGGAACACUGUCAGGACAUCGUCGAGGAGUCGGAGACGUCAAAUUCGCGAAGCACUCGCACAAGUUGGCUUCUUGCAGUGGAGAUAUGACAAUCAGAAUCUGGAAUAUUGCUGAAAAAUCGUGUCUUCAAACGAUAUCCGGUCAUUCGUGUGCAGUUUUCCGUGUGAUUUUCGCAAGAAACGAUACUCAAUUAGUUUCUGCUGAUAGCGCUGGAAUUAUCAAGAUAUGGACGAUCAAAACAGCGGAUUGUGAGAGCACUAUUGAGGGACAUACAGAUAAGAUUUGGUCGCUGUCAAAGAAUCGAGAUGAGUCGGAAUUUGUGACGGCUGGAACUGAUGGACGAAUUGUUGUGUGGAAAGAUGUGACAGAGGAGAAGCAGAAGAUUGAAGACGAGAAGAGAAGAGAGGCGAUUGAGCAGGAUCAGACGUUGACUAACUUAUUGAGUCAGAAGAGAUAUUCUGAUGCAUUGAUUUUCGCAUUGACACUGGCAAAGCCGUUUUGCGCUUUCAAGGUAAUCAACGCUCUCAUGUCCGAAGACUCCCCGGAAGAACUAUCCUCAUCGAUCCGUCGUCUAGACAUGCGCCAAAUUGAAGUUCUGCUUCAAUUCUGUGUAAAAUGGAAUACGAACAGUCGAUCAUCGCCAGUUGCUCAACGUGUAUUCUAUGAAAUUAUUCAUAUAAUUGAACCGGAUCGUUUGGUUUCAAUGCCCGGCGCAUAUGGAUACAUUGAAUCACUUCUACCGUAUACUCAGAGACAUAUGGAUCGCCUCGAUAGAGCCAAACAGGAUGUUUCGUUGUUUGAUUUCGUUUGGAGACAAAUGAGAUCAGCUGUUUAG